CAAAACCAAAUUCUAGUACUCCUAUAUAUAAACUAUGAUCAAUAUUUUCCUAAUCCAAUCAAGUCUUUGAGCUCACAAAAACAUAGCCAAGGAUGAAGAGAGAAGGUCGCCAACAUGGUCUUGUUCGAACCUAUCCCAUCAUAACCUCCCUUUGGAACGUCCCCACGCCCAACUCCAGGUACUGUUAUCAUUUGAAUUCCCUUCCCACAGUUGGGUUGUUCACAGAAGCGUCACCAAAGCCCUGGAACCAUUCCAUGUUCACAGGCAAGUGUGGCAGGUCUAAAUGCACAAUGUGCCUUUUACAACCAUCUAGAAAGGCCAAGGACAAGGCCAAAGGGAAAAAAAAACUGAGGGGUUAUGACAUUGUUACUAACUAUAGAUUGAUGACUUGGAGGGUCACAGAUACCAGGCCGCGCUUGACCUUUUCUGGGUCCUCAGCUACUAGCAUAUUGGACCAUUUGGUUGCUGAUCACAUGGAUGUUGAUGAUGUUGAUGGAUUUUACCAUGAUGCUGAUGAGCACAAAUGUGAUAUAUAGCUACAACAUGAAAUUUGUCACUAAUUGCUCAAUUCAUGUAACAAAUUACAUUUCGUUUUUGAAUGCAUGAAACACAUACAUGAGUGAUGAUUGCUCAAAGGCAAUGUUGAUUCCGAUUGCUCGCCAUUUACAGUAGUUGAGGAGCUAAAGAUGACUAUGACGAUGAAAGAGCGACUUCUUGUAAGGUCGGUGUGGUGUGGGAAAAGAAUCGAAGGGUCGAAAAAGAUGGAGAUUGGUGCUUGGUGGAAGAAAUGUGAUCUUAGUACAUUGACUUGGUUUGUUAAACUGUCAAAUAAACUGUUGUACUUAGAUUUUCUUAUGUUUAUAAUGAUUUUGUUGUGUAAGCAAACAAUUAUUCAUAUCAGAAAUCAUGUCUAACUCGAGCAUGUUCACGCCAGAACUAAAUAAAGCAGGAUAACUUUGUAGUAGAUAUGCAAUGUGUUGUAUAGCACAAAAAUGAAGUACUAGUUCGAUUGGGUAAAAAAAAACUGCAGU